UUUGUGCAGUCCUUGUGGAGUUAGCCAUAGUGUGCUUAUCCACUUGUUUGGUUUAGACAAUUCUCAUAGGGUUUUCAGCUGAAUGCAUGUAAAUACUUAGUAAUGAAUCCUUCAAGAGUUUGGCAUGCUUUAUUAUUGGAAAUCAUUUUAAUAGGGGAGCAAAAAAAAUGUAAAUAGUACAUUUGUUAUGAAUGAAUUUGAAAAAACAAGCAGCUGAAUUGUUGAGAAAUCCAGAAUAAAUACCUAGAAGUAAAUAAAGAAAAAAAUCUUCUGGGAUGUUGAGAAGCUACUGUCAUCAAAAGCUGCUUCAAAUAGAUAAGAUUUCCUCAUUUCAUUACAUGCAUGUAUUUCAGUUGAGUAAACAAGGAAGAAAUAGAACCACUAAGUUGUUUGGUGUUUUUCUUGCUGUCGUUGACACCACCCUAUAUACAGUAGUCUAUAAGAUGAUGAGGCCUAAUACUUCAAAAAACCUUGCUGUUAAUGUCUGUAAGCUGUUAGGUUAAAAAACAUGUAAUGUUUCUCAUCUUUUAACUUAUCGGAUUUUAAUUUCAGACUUGAAGCAAUGUAUUUUUCUGUUUUUUGAAAUGCAGGAGGUUAGAAGUCAGUGCUGUUCAAAAUUCUGUUGCGUUUCCAUUUAAGUUUUCGUUGAAGUAGAUAAAGAUGUUUAACAGCCAUUUACCACCUUGUGGCAGAGGCACAAAGAAUACAAGAAAAGAUACCUGCUACAGUCAUCACUGCCACAACUGCUAAAAUGGAGGUGGUUUCAGCAGAAGUAAACAGCUUGCUCCCUGAGGAAAUAAUGGACACUGGUAUAACUCUGGUGGAAGAUGACAGCAUUGAGGCGGUUAUCGUGUCUUCACCAAUGGGAGACUCUAUUCCCAUGGAAACAGAACUGGAAGAAAUAGUGAACAUAAGCUCCACCAGCGAUGCGUCAGUUACAACUACAGCCACAGUCACCUCAGAACCAGUUACUGCACCCAGUAAUCACUCGGGUGAUGUGACUGCAAACACCACCGCUAUAAAAACUGAAGGAAAUUCAAUAGUAAAGCCUGCCUUUCAAAGUGGUCUCCAUAAGCUCGGUACUCAGACUCCGGUCACUAUAUCAGCCAACCAAAUUAUUCUGAACAAGACCACUGACCUUAAAAUAGGCAAUCAGAGUAUCAAACCAGAUGGGCAAAAGCUAAUUGUAACAACUUUGGGCAAGACUGGCCAACCCAUUGUUUUAGCGUUACCCCGCUGCCAGCUCCCGCAGGCACAGAAGACUGUGUCCCAAACCCAAGGUGGAGACUCCAAAGUACAAGGCCAGCAGAUCAAAGUUGUUAUUGGAGGUCGGUCAGAAGUGAAACCUGUUGUUGGUGUCUCAGCUUUAACGCAAGGAAGUCAGCUGAUAAAUACUGCUGCCCAGCCUUCUGUUUUGCAGACCCAGCAAUUAAAAACAGUACAGAUUGCUAAGAAGACCCGAACUGCAACUUCAGGCCCAGUGAUCACCAAGCUCAUCUUUGCAAAACCAAUCAAUAGCAAAGCUGUUACAGGGCAGACCACUCAAGUGUCACCGGUCAUUGCAGGCAGGGUUGUUUCACAAUCUACCCCAGGAACACCACCAAAGACAAUAACAAUCUCUGAGAGUGGAGUUAUUGGAUCAUCUUUGAGUACAGCAACACAACAGACACCGAAUAAGAUAGCUAUCUCUCCACUCAAAUCCCCUAACAAGCUAACAGUGGUGUCAGUGGCCUCCCAGCCUCCCAACUCCCCCCAGAAGACGGUGGGCGUCCCACUGAAUGUAGCGUUAGGACAGCAGAUCCUCACAGUGCAGCAGUCAGCACCCUCCUCCCCUGGGAAGGCCAUAGUCAACCACACAACCACGCAGGCUGUGAAAUCAGCAGUACAGGCCAUUACUGUAGGAGGAGUGGGUACAUCUCAAUUCAAGACAAUUAUUCCCUUGGCAACUGCUCCGAAUGUUCAGCAGAUUCAGGUACCUGGAAGCAAGUUCCAUUAUGUCAGACUUGUUACUGCCACAACAGCCAAUGGCUCAACCCAGUCGGCCAGUCAGAAUCCCAGUACGAAUACACAGCCUCUCCAGCAGGCAAAGCCAGUGGUGGUAAAUGCAACCCCGGUGCGGAUGUCUGUUCCCAUAGUGCCAGCACAGACUGUGAAACAGGUGGUGCCCAAACCCAUCAACCCGACUUCCCAGAUAGUUACAACAAGUCAGCCCCAGCAAAGACUAAUUAUGCCAGCCACUCCACUGCCACAGAUACAGCCCAACCUCACUAACCUGCCCCCAGGCACUGUGCUGGCACCAGCACCUGGCACAGGAAAUGUUGGCUAUGCAGUCCUUCCAGCUCAGUAUGUUACACAGCUACAGCAAUCAUCAUAUGUAUCUAUAGCAAGCAACACUGGCUUCACUGGGACAUCCAGUAUCCAGUCCCAAGCGCGGCUACCAUUCAAUGGAAUAAUUCCUUCUGAAUCUGCAAAUCGGCCCCGGAAGCCUUGCAACUGUACAAAGUCUUUAUGUUUGAAAUUGUAUUGUGAUUGCUUUGCAAAUGGUGAAUUCUGCAAUAACUGCAACUGUACAAAUUGUUACAACAACCUGGACCAUGAAAAUGAUAGACAAAAAGCAAUAAAGGCUUGCCUUGACAGAAACCCUGAAGCCUUCAAGCCCAAAAUAGGGAAAGGAAAGGAAGGAGAAUCAGAUCGGCGGCACAGCAAAGGGUGUAACUGUAAACGCUCGGGAUGUCUCAAAAACUACUGUGAGUGUUAUGAGGCAAAAAUCAUGUGUUCUUCCAUAUGCAAAUGUGUUGGUUGUAAAAAUUUUGAAGAAAGCCCAGAACGAAAGACAUUGAUGCACUUAGCAGAUGCUGCAGAAGUUAGGGUCCAGCAGCAGACUGCUGCAAAGACAAAGUUAUCAUCCCAGAUCUCAGAUCUCCUCACGAGGCCAGCACCAGCACUCAGCAGUGGUGGAGGGAAGCUGCCCUUCACGUUUGUAACCAAGGAGGUAGCCGAUGCAACCUGUGAAUGCCUUCUGGCACAGGCAGAGCAAGCUGAGAAGAUGGGCAAGUCGAAAGCAGCAGCGGAGCGCAUGAUCCUGGAGGAGUUUGGACGCUGUUUGAUGAGAGUUAUUAACUCUGCAGGGAAGUCCAAAAGUGACCCUUGUGCCAUGAACUGCUGACGCGUGCACAUGAGCCACAAUGAAGCAAACUGAACAGAACACUUAAGGCACAGGGACACUUUGAUUUGGAAUAGAGGAUUUAGUAACACUUGCCAAUUUGGUGCUUGUUUUAAUUGACUUGCAGAAGAUUAAACAAGGAAAUAUUUUGUAACAAGAUUUAGAGCCUUUUAAGUCUUAGCUAAAUUCUCUUCUGCAUAAGAUAACUCCUAAAGACAUUUUUUCUUCUUGAUGUACAGCUUUUAACUUGGGUUUCUUAAAGGAAAAAAAGAGUAGGUGUUUUCUUCCCUUUCCCCAAAAAUAACUGCCUGAAGGGCAUAUAUAAAUUAUUAUAAUAUAUUAUUUACAGUACAUAAAGUUGUGUUGCUUUGUGCUGGAAAACAAAGAAAGAUACUGAGGCAACAGGCCCACAGUGAGGAGUAUAUGUGUAUCAGUCACUUCUGAAAGGAAAUGUAUAAAAAUCAGCAUCUGAAUGGGAGGUAGUACCUACACUUGGGACCUGACACGGCGUAAUGCUCCCUCAUGAGCAGAGCGGUAUGAAAUUACACAGGCGAGUAUAUGGUGGUUGCUUGCAGGUUUAUUGUCAACAAGUGUUUGGGAACCUCACUAGAGUGGGCCCUAAGGAAUUCUGAGGCAAUAGAAUAAUGGAAAAUUUUUGAGAUGAUCAUGGGUGAAGACUCAAUGUUUUGUUGUUUCUUUGGUUAUUUUUAAUGGAACUCAGAGGCUAAGAUAGUGGUCUGCUCUUAAAAGUGAGGAAGAACAGCCAUGUUGCAAUGCUACUCUGCCUGUGCAGCAGGCAGAUGCUGUUGCUUGAGUGAAGCUUGGUGUUCAGAGCUCUGCAGCAGCUCAAUCCUCUCUGCAGGUAGUGCUGUGCAGGCUAUUGCAUUUUCAAGGAUUAAGCUGUUUUGAGCCUGAGUAGGUGAGGGUCAGGAGACAGGAGUGCUACAGUUGUCUUAAUGAGGACUCAGGACAAUCUGAAUCUGAACUGACCUGCAAGUGCAGGAGGAGAUAUUGUGUUCAGCCUGGUUGUGGGUCUUCAUGGUGCUACUUGAAAUUGUGGUGGUCUAUUUGGCUUUUAAAGAUUUUGUUUUGGGUUUGUUGGGUUUUUCUGAGGCCUGUUUAGAAUGAUGGAGAGCACAGUGAUCAGAGAGGAUGCUAGCACAGAAUCAAGAUUGCUGCUAAAACAGAUGUGUGGAUCCUUUGGCUCAAAAACAAAAAAAAAAAAGGGGGGAGGAAAGUAUACCAACAAAACACAAAUCAAGGUAGAGCUGUAUGUAGAAUGGGACAGGAAUUUUCCAGUAUUUGUUACAGGCAGUCUCAGAUCACUUUUUUGAUAGUGGAACAUCUUUGCAAAAUCAAUCUCAUAGGUUACUUACUAAUGUGAAUGUCAAUAACCAUGUUUAAUCGCAGGCAUUUUUAACAACUCUUUCUGUUCCCUGAACAAUGUAGCUAGGUUUUUCCAAAAAGGAUUUUUUUUAUCUUCAUAUAAAACUGUAAACACAGAGAUGCAGCAGAGCUCUUCCUCCAGGUUUUCUAGCAGAGCCAAAUGCCUACUUGUGUGUGAGAUGGCAAAAAGAUGGAAGAGGCUUCUGCUCCCCCUAGAAUGGCUUGGGGGCUCAAAGGACUGGAAGGUGGCCAGCAGCAAUGGAAGGCCCGUCAGGUGGCUGUUGGAGAUCAGAUGUGGACUACUGGUCACUAUCAGAAUGGCUCUGUCUGGUUUAGUAACAUCUCCCUGAGCGUAAACUGCAAGUAUAUUAGUGCAAAUCUCUGAAAAGGGAAUCCAUCCAUCUCUUCUGUAAGUAAGUGUCUGUUUUGUUUUUUUUUCUGUAAUUAAGCCUUGGGUUUAUUAAAAGUCAGUACAAUAACUUCUUACAUGUACAAGGGCUGCUCUGAAAGUAAUGCCUCCUAUUUUAUUACGCUAGCUCACAAUGUUAGAGGCAGAUGGAUGUCAGUGGCAUGGCAGGAGAGGUUGAACCUUCCUGCCAACAUUCUGUUGAGGCAGUCUGAUGGAAGGGCAUCUGACAUGCAGGUACAUAUGAAGCGAAGGUGUGUCACUGAAUUCCUCCGUGCAGAAAAAAAUGGCACCCGUUGACAUUCACCAACUCUUGCUGAAUGUUGAUGGAGACCAAGCAGUGGAUGUGAGCACAGUGAGGUGGUGGUUGUGUAUUUUAACAGUGGCGACUGCGGGUCACCUCUGGUGCAGAUUUUUACGAGCAUGGCAUAUGGGCUCUCGUUCAUUGCUGGUGAAAACGUGUAGCUGAAAGUGGUGACUGGAAAAGUGUGUUGCAGCUGAGAAUUUGCUCUAUCAAAUACUGUUGCUGUGCUCUUUGUUGCAGUUUACGUGGAAAUAAAUGAGGCAUUACUUCCAGAGCAACCUACAUAGUGCAGAUAUUCAGUUUACUUCUAGUGACCUAAUGUAGUACGUCCAGUAAGAUUUGUAUAAAUGUAAAUUAGUGUAAGUGAAUAAAGUAAAAACUACUUACAUUAUUUUUCAAACAGAUUGCAAUAUGCCUUCUUUUGUUUAGACUUCAAUCCAUGUUAAUUUUGUAUAUAUUGUGUCUUUCUCUAAAUUGCACCUUUUGUGAUGUGUAUUUAUAUACAGUGUGCAGAAACUUGUGAAAUUUAGAUUACAGUUGUAAUUAUGUAUGAUGGCAUUGCUUGAGAAUAUUUUGCUUCUAAAGACUUUGAAGGUGCAAUCAAAAAGCUCUUAGUUUUUCAAUUUUGUUUUGAGCAAGCUUUCUUCAAUAUUAAGCUGGGAUUCUUCUCUUCCCUUUUCACUAGUAUAAUAUGUACGGAUUGGGUUUUGUACUUCCUUAGCCAUUUGCAUCAAACUGCUGGACAAGAUUGACAGUCAAGCUCAUGCAGUUGUGUGAAAAUAAUUGGGAAUGGGACAAGGGUUCAUUUUGUAGUUCUGUUUACAUCUGAAAGUAGAAAAACUAAAUUUAUAUUUACUAGACCUAUUCAAAGAAUACACUUUUCUAUAUUGUAAAAAUAAAAGUCAGAUAAAUCACAAAGGAAAUAAACAUUUAUACUAUUCUGUAAA